AUUGUUUAUAAUGCAUGUUUAGUGUGUGUAAGUGUGUGUCUUCCUCUGCCAUGUGUGAGUGUCUGCGAGGGAUUUUCCGUGCCACCUGUACAACCUCUUCAAAUGCAGACUCUGACAGAGAGGACAGUCAUGGGAAUCCAGAAGCCAGAGAUUCACCUGUAAAUGACAAAAGGCGGUCUCCUCCCUCAGACAGGCCUCCUUUUGGCCCUCCACACCACAACCUUGCCACAGAUGAGCAGGACAGUCCAGAGAGAAUUGUUCAGAAGGAAAAGCUCCACGCAGAACUUAAACAAGUUUUGAGUCAGAAGAGAAACCAGCAAAGAGACACUCACUCCACCCUCAUAGACAUGGAGGAACCCCCCAAGAAGGACAGUCAGAAUGAAGUGGAGAAGGAUUGCCAGCUGUCAGAACUUGUGGAAGUGGUUGUUGAAACGCAGGCCGAGGUUGGAGCUAGUGGGUACAGUGUGGUGGGUGGAGGGGAUCGAGGCAUCUUUAUCAAAGAGGUCCUGAAAGACUCCCCGGCAGCCAAGCACCUCAGUCUGCAGAAAGGAGAUCAACUACUAAGUGCAAGAGUGUAUUUUGAUAAUGUGAAAUAUGAGGACGCAUUACAAAUUCUUCAGUGUGCAGAACCCUACAAAGUAUCCUUCUUUUUGAAGAGGACUGUGCAAGGAAGCGAAAUCAGCAUAUGUCCAGGUGGACAAAAUCUUGAACUCAGGGGACGUAAGGCCAAGAUGCAAAGAAUGAGUGUCAAAAGUGUGAAACCAUUCAAAGCUAAGAAAAAGAGAGGAGGAAGAUUUGGAUUGAAAAGACUGAAAGAGAAUAUAAAAGCAAGGGCACAAGCAGAGCUGGACAUUGAAAGCUCAUCUGGCAGAUCAGACCUAAGUCCUGUUGAUAUUGAGUUUGUGUUCCCAAAGUUCAAGAUGAGGAAAGGUGGGAAGGCCACUUCAGAUGGAUCAGGACAGCUGGAGGGUGUGAUCACUACCAGUAGGAAGAAGAAGAAGAUCAGAUUUCUGAGGAUGAAAGCAACAGAUGCUGCUGAAGGUGAAGGGAACAUCAAUGUAGAUGUUUCAACACACGAGGGAGAGGCAGAGGUUUCUGGAGCAAAGCCGAAGGCAAAAGUGAAAGGUCCAAAAUUUGGAAUUCACUUUCCCAAAACCAAAAAGUCAAAAUUAGAUGUACAAUCUUCAAAUGACAACUUUGAGGUGAAAGAACCGAUGGUAGAGACUGAUUUCAGCAUGGCUCAGGACAAUGCUGAGGCUAAUGUACCUAAUGUUGAGGUCAGUGUAAAAGGAAAGGGAGAGGGCCCUGAGAAAAAAAUGCCUAGGAUGAAUCUGGAUGUGUCAAACACAAUGCCAAAUGUCAAAUUGCCAAAUUUAAGGCUUUCUUGUCAUUCAGAUGAAACUGAUGGAGAGGCAAGUAUGAAAAUUGAUACAUCUGAAAAUAAACUGAAAAUGCCCAUGACUGACAUCAAAGCUCAAACCAAAGUGAAUUUGGACUUGCACCUCCCAAAGACUAAGGGCACAGUUGAAAUCAAAGAUGUUGAAAUUCAUGAUCCAAAUGUGAAAGGAACAAAAAUUAGCAUGGUCAAUUUUGGCACAUCAUUGACAAAGCUAAACCUUGAUGUAAAUCAAAAAAUUGGAGAUGACGUUGAUGGAUCCAUGGUAAAACAGCAUGAGAUUUCUCUCCCCAAACUAGACCUUGCAGUGCCCAAGAUAGAGACAUCAGAUAUGAACAUCAGCCUUCCUACAUCAGAUCACUCAUUACUAAAGAUGACUGCAAAAAACACUGACAGUGAGGCGCUUGGAAGUACAGGAAAAAAAUGUGAAAUGCCAAAAUUAGAUAUCUCCCUUCCAAAAAUAACAUCUCCUGAGAGUGAAAUCAUAGUUGAAGAACCUGCAGCAAAAGGUAAAAUAUUUAACAUGCCAUCAGUUGACAUAUCAUUGUCAAAAGGAAAACUUGAGGGAAGCAGUGUACACGAGGGAGAUGCCGGAAAAAGAGGGAUGUUUGAAAUGCCUCAAAUGGACAUCUCUCUCUCUACAAUAAAAUUGCCUGAGGUCAAGACUGCAAAAGAAGAACCUGAGGUCAAAACUGUAAAACUCAAUUUACCCAAUGUCAACAUUCCACUAACAAAAGGUAAAGUGGAAGGAAAGGGGGAAAUUGAAGGUCCUUUUGUUAAAGGACCUGAGUUUAUAGUACCUCAAAUAAGCAUUUCUCUGCCCAAAACGAAAUUACCACAAGGCAAAAUUGAUAUUGAGGAGCCUGAGAUCAAAGGUGGAAAAUUCAGUAUGCCAUGUAUUGACAUUUUCUUACCAAAAGGAACACUGGAGGGGGAUGUAAAUAUUGAGGGUCACUCUGAAAAGGGGGGAAAGUCUAGUGUAGAUGUCUCUCAAUCAAAUAUGAAAUUACCUGAGGGUGACAUUACUGAAGAACCUGAAAUAAAAGCAGGAACAUUUAAUGUGCCAUCAAUUGAAAUUUCACUUCCUAAAGGCAAAGCAGAGGAGCAUGUUGAGGUUGGAGACCUGUCAGAGAAAGAAGGCAAGUUCAAGAUGCCACAUGUAGCUGUCUUGCUUCCAAAAUUGAAAUUUUCCACAGGCAAAAUCAAUACUGAGGAUCCAGAGGUCCAGGGUGAGAAAUUCAAAAUGCCAUCUGUUGAUAUAUACUUACCAAAAGGAAAAGCAGAGUUUGAGGGUCAUUCUGGAAAAUCAGAAACGUUCGAUAUACCCAAAAUUUAUCUGUCUCUUCCAAAAAUGUCAUUGCCAGAGAGUGAUAUCAGUAUUGAAGGGCCUGACGAAAAACGAUUUAGCAUGCCGUCUGUUUAUCUACCAUCACCAAAAGUAACAGGCACAAGUGAUGUUGAUAUCAAGAGACAUUCCGAAAAAACAGGAAAGUUCGAUAUGCUGAAACAGGAUUUUUCCUUGCCAAAAAUUGAAUCCACAAAAGGAGAACUCAAUGUGGAAGGUUCUGAAAAAUUUGAAAAGUCGGAAAUGUAUGUUUCCUUGCCUAAAUUCAAAUCACCAGGGGGUAAAAUCAACAUUGAAGGUCCUGAUAUCAAGGGUAAGAAGUUUCACAUGCCCUCUGUAGAUAAUUCUCUUCCAAGAGGAGGGCCAGGUGGAGAUGUAGAUGCUGAAGAACAUGCAGCAAAAGGAAGAAAAUUGGAAUUACCUAAAUUUGAUGUUUCCUUGCAUAAAUUAAAGGGUGAGGUCGAUGUUGAAGGUCCUGAUAUCAAAGGUGGAAUGUUUCACAUUCCCGCUGCAGAUAUCUCUCUACCAGGAGGAGGAGCAAGUGUAGAUGUAGAUGUUGAAGGACAUGAGACAAAAGGAAGAAAAUUUGAAAUGCCCAAACUUAACGUUUCCAUGCCUAAAUUUAAAACAACAGGGGGUGAAAUUGACGUUGAAGGUCCCGAUCUCAAAGAUGGAAAGUUUCACAUGCCAUCUAUAGAUAUCUCUCUACCAGGAAGAGGAGCAUGUGGAGGUGUGGAUGUUGAAGGACAUGCAGAAAAAGGAAGAACAUUUGAAAUGCCCAAAAUUGAUGUUUCCUUGCCUAAAUUCAAAUCACCAGGAGGUGAAAUCAAUGUUGAAGGUCCUGAUAUCAAGGGUAAGAAGUUUCACAUUCCUUCUGUAGAUAUCGCUCAAUCAAGAGGAGGAGCAGGUGGAGAUAUAGAUGCUGAAGGACAUGCAGGAAAGGGAAGAAAAUUUGAAAUGCCCAAAUUUUAUGUUUCUAUGCCUAAAUUAAAGAGUGUAGUCAAAGUUGAAGGUACUGAUAUCAAGGGUGGAACAUUGCACAUGCCCUCUCUAGAUAUAUCUCUACCAGGAACAGCAGGUGGAGAUGUAGAUGUUGAAGGACAUACAGGAAAAGAAAGAAAAUUUAACAUGCCAAAAUUUGACAUUUCUUUGCCUAAAUUUAAAACCUCAGGUGGUGAAAUUGACAUUGAAGGUCCUGAUCUCAAAGGUGGAAAAUUUUGCAUGCCCUCUGUUGAUGUCUCUCAACCAGGAGUAGGGGCAGGUGGAGAUCUAAAUGUUGAAGGACAUGCACGAAAAGGAAGAAAAUUUGAAGUGCCCAAAUUUGAUGUUUCAAUGCCUAAAUUUAAAACAUCUGUGGGUGAAGUCAACGUUGAAGGUCCUGAUAUCAGGGGUAGAAAGUUUCACAUGCCUUCUGUAGAUAUCUCUCUACCAGUAGAAGGGGCAGUUGGAGAUCUAAAUGUUGUAGGUCAUGCAAGAAAAGGAAAAUUUGAAAUGCUCAAAUUUGACAUUUCUUUGCCAGCUAUUGAUAUUUCAUCACCUAAAGGAAAAGGAGGUGGAGAUUUUGACCUUGAUCUAGACAGGAAAGGAUGGAAGUUCAACCUCCCAUCCAUAGACAUUUCACUUCCAAAAGUAAAAAUGGAAGGAGACAUUGCUGUUGAAAGCAGUAAUACACAGGGAGGACAUUUUGAAAUACCCAAAUUAGAUAUUUCCUUGCCCAAAAUUCCAUCUUCAGAAUGUGAUGUUAAAGCUGACAACCCUGAUGUAAAAGGCGACAAAUUACACAUGCCAUUUAUAGAUAUCUCUUUACCAAAAAUGAAACAAGAGAGAGAUAUGACUGUUGAAGGACAAGCUAGGAAAGGAGUAAUGUUUCAGAUGUCUUCUGUUGAUAUUUCCCUACCAGAAGGAACCAAAGAGGGAGGCCUUGAUCUGGAUGAUGAUAUUGAAAAGGAUGGAAAGUUUCAUAUGCCCACUUAUAAUAUCUCUCUUCCUAAAAUGAAGCUAACAGAACAUGAACUCAAAGUUGAAAGCACAGACAAGAAAGCAAGAAAGCUCCAUAUGCCAUUCAUUGAUAUCUCUUUACCUAAAAUGACCAAUCAUUCUAAUGUGGAGGCAAAAGCUACUGGUGGAAGUAUAACUGACUUAAAUUACCCUGAGGUGACUCCAGGUGGAAACAUCAAGUUACCUACUGUGAAAAUACCAAUGGUUGACAUAUCUGCUCCUAAAUUUGACCUGGACUUUACUCUUCAAAAGGGAAAAGGUAGUGAUAAGGAAAAUAUUGAACUCCUUAAAGCAGAGGGUGGGAGGCCAUCAUCUGGGGACAGUUUUGAUGUUCCAGAAGUAUCUGUAAAAAUGCCCAAAAUGUCACUUCCUAAAUUUGGCAAAAAACUGAAAAGUGGAGGCAAAGAACUAGAGAGUCCUUUAGAUUUGGACAUGGAGAGAAGAUCGACAUCAAUGGAAACUGAUGGCAAAAUUAAGAAGGCCAAAAUCAAAAUUCCAUCCAUUGGAAUAUCCAAAAUGAAUGUUGAUAUGAGUGGCACAGAAGCUGAAAUAAAGAUUAAAAACGUUGCUGAAGAAAUUACAAAACCAGAAAUCCAAGUGGAGAGUCCAGAUGACGAAGUCAAACACAAGCUCAAAUUCAAAACAUCUAGUCCCAAAGCAAAGCUAAAAUAUGCAGAAAUGGAUAUGUCCUUGCACACAAAUGCUAGGGAAAGAGGCAAUUUCAAGACCCCCACACUGGAUAACAAAGGAAAGGUAAAAAUGCCAGCAGUGGAAAUAUCACUACCAACAACAAAUAUGACAGACUGUGAGGUAUUGCUUCCAAAAUCUGAGGUUGAUGUGUCUGAGGAAGAUAUCCAAGGUUAUGAGGGCAACUUAAAAAUUCCAAAGAUGCCAACUAUUGAUAUAUCAUUUCCAAAGUUUUCCUUGCCAAAAGUAAAACUAAAUGAAUCCGCUGACUCAAACUCUUCUGACUUAAAUAUUGAUAGUAGUAUGGGUACAGUAAAUUUUCCCCAUAUCAAAAUCCCUAAAGUAGACAUUUCACUUCCGCGUGGAAAAACAGGUGACAUGGAUAGCCUUGAGGUAGACUUUAAAGGUGGCAAGUUCAAAUUACCAAAAAUUACAACUCCCACAGUGGACAAAUCUGUACCCAGUGGGAAAACUCGUGAAAAUUGUCCUCCAGAACUGGAAAUUAGAGGAGGAAGACACUUCAAUAUGUCAGAGGUUAAGAUAUCAAAUGCAGACACAUCACUUCCUCUGGAGACAACUGGUGGCCUUGAUGAUCCAAAACUAGAAGUCAGAGGAUAUGGGAGUAUAUUCAAAAAGCUGGACAUAAAAAUGCCAGAUGUUGAUAUAUCUCUUCCAAAAGGGAAAAUAGGAGAAAUCAAUGUCCCAGAAAAAGAAAUGAAAGGAAAAAGAGAAAAAUUCCAGAUGCCAAAAGUUGAUAUUGUGGUUCCAAGAAUAAGAUCUUCAGACUCUGAUGUUCCAGAGCUGGAGUUAAGAAGACAAUUAAAAAUGCCAGCAGUGGAAAUAUCAUUACCCCAUGCAAAAACUGACACAUCUAAACAUGACGUUGAAACUAAAGGUGACAACCUGAAAAUGCCCAACAUUUCAAAGCCCACUGUGGACAUAUCAUUACCACUCAGAAACACAGGUGAAAGUGAUGAUCUUGAUUCAGAAUUUAGAGUUAUAGGGGGAAAAUUUAAAAUGCCAGACAUCACAAUGCCUAAGGUAGAUUUAUCACUAUCUCACGGAUGGAAAAGAGAAAGCCAUAAACCAGAUUCAGAAGUAGACAGUGGAAAAUUAAAGACGCCAACAGCUGAUAUAUCACAUCCUAAAAUAAAAUCAAAAGACACAGUUGCUCAAGAAACUCAGGCUGGUGAAGAAAAGGGUAAAGUCACAAUACCUGGUAUUAAACUACCAACAGUAGAUAUCUUAUUACCCCAUUGUAAAAAAGGGGAUACUAAUAUUAAAAUGCCAAAAGUGUCAUUAUCACAUGAAAAAACAGGAGACAACGAGACUCCUGAACAGGAACUUGAAGUCAAAGAAGGGAAAUUCAAGGUGCCUGAUAUUAAUGUGCCAAAAGUAGAUAAAUCAUUACUUCAAAGACAACAAGAGGAUACAGAAGAAACAGAGACCACAAAACAAGGUGACAACUUCCAACUGCCGAAAAUAGCAAUACCUACUGUGGAUCUAUCAUUACCGCAUAGCAAAACAAGUGAUCUUGAGGCUUUAGAAUCUGUUGCAGUAGGAGGUGGACAGUGUACAAUUAAGAUACCAAAGGUAGACAUAACAUUAUCGCAAGAUACAAUUGGAGAGUCUGAUACUAAAAAAGCAGCAAUUGGAGAAGAAAGUGGAAAAUUCAUGAUCCCAAAUGUAAAAAUUCCAAAACUGGACAUAUCCAUACCUCAAGGAAUAUCUAAAGAAGCAAAUAUUUCAGUUCCUGCUACGGAGACUGUCCAUAAGGUAACUGAUUCACAUAAAGUGGGUAAAAAGUUUAGGAUUCCAACUAUAUGUAUAGAGGGUCCAAAAGGGGGUCUAGAGAUUAAUCUUGGCCUAUCAAAAGAGGGGAAAAAGAAUAAAAAGAAGAUUGAACUGCCAGAUAUUGAUCUUAGAAAUGAUGCACCAAAAGGAAGAAUGAAAAGGCCAAAAGUUAAAGGUUCAAAAUUUAAUAUCGGAAUGCCAAAAGUAAAAUCAGCUGGACUGAAAACUGAUUUAAACAAGUCUGGGAAAGAGGAUGCUAGAGAAGGAACUGAUGUAAACUUGACAGUUGAUUUACAAGGUUUAAAAAUCCCCAAUGUAGAGAUAUCAAGUCCAACAAUAAAACAAGGUGGCAUAGAUAUUAAAGUCCCAGAAAAAUGUGCUUUUACUAAACCCAUCAACACAGAUGUAAGUUCAAAAAGGGAACAUAAACUGUCUAAUAUAGAAAUAACAACACCAAAGUUUCCUGAACUUGACAUUGACAAUAGGACUGCACAAGUUGGCACUGACAAUGCUGAAGAAGAUAAAAAGCAGGUUGGUAAAGCCAAAAUUCCAAAGUUUGGGAUACCUCUGCCUUCUUUAUGUUCACCUGAAGCCAACAUCAAAUCAUCCCAGGUAAAAUGUAAUUCUGUAACAGUAGACUCUGAGAUAGAGUAUGAGGGCCCACCUAUGCCAAAAGUGCAAAAAGCAGUGUUUGUCAUGGUGAAUCCACAAAUGGUGAGCUCGGCUAGCCUAGGUGGUAAAGCAAGUGCAGGAAUUGGAGAUGAGAAGCUGCCAAAGAUCAAAAUGAAGAAAAGUUUUGGCAAGUCUAGAUCAAAUGAAAAGGGGAAAUCAAUUAAUGGUAAAGAUGAUGUGGAAACUGAGGGAAAGCCAAAGACUGGUAAGCUAAUGUUGCCCAAAGUCACUUUUUCAUCUUGGAAGACAGUAUCAUUUGAUGUAAAACAAGGUGGGUCUGAUGAUGGAAAAGGUCUUAACCUAAAUGGGGACAAAGAUGAAAAAGCAAUGUUUGGAAAGCUUAAAUUGCCCAAAGUUGAGUUUUUCUCACCAUACUCAAAAGAAAUAGAUGAGGAAGAAGACAUGGAAACAAGUAUGAAACUUCUCAGGACAGAGACCUCAGGGAAUGGCAAAGAGAUCAAGGAGGCAAAGACAAAAUCAGGCAAAAUGUCUUGUCCUGGUGAAAAAAAGAAAACAGGGAUGGAUGAGGAGAUGGGAGAGAUUGGUGCUUUAGUAUCUUCAAAAGCAAGGACUGAAAUGCUAGCAGAAUGGGAAAGAUCAGAGUCCCCAAUACCUACAGUUUCAGCUGGAUUUAUCUCAGGAAAGAAAAGUAAAGAAAGAGAGGAGACAACAUGGAUAAAAGUACCCAAAGUCACCCUUAGCUCCCAUUCUACUGGCAGCCUUCAAAUCACACCAGAAGGGUCUCCAAGGCGAAGUAAGUCCUCUCUUCCAUGCUCUAGUGAUGAAGCCUCUGGAGGUUUCUAUGUGAAGAUGCCAAGCAUUGAAUUUUCGACCCAGAAAAUGUCCUCAGAGAAUAUAGUUACCGAAACAAAAGAGGGAACUCUUACUGUGGUGAAGAAGGUGACUAAGUAUACAGAGUCAAGAAGUAGCAGUUCAAAGCAGUAAGCAUCUGAGUCACAGAAAUGUGACAGGCAAUAAAUAGGUAGCUUAAUAAUAUAUACUGUAUAUUUUUAUAUGUGUCAAUGGUUUCAAUUUGUCUUGCUAUUUUUGUUUUAUUUAAAGCAAAAAAUAAAAAUAAAUCACCAGCUUUAGCAAGAGCAACACAAUGUAUGCAUCAUAAACAUGUUGAAACACACAGAACAUUAUAUUUAUUGUAGACCUCAUUUUUAUGUUUUGUAACUUUGCCACUCUGACACUUUACAUUGAAUUGAUAUAUUUGUAAAGAUAUUACAAAGGAUCAUAUAUAUAGAUGCACAUUUUGUUGUAGAUAACAAGCAUACGCACAAAUCUGUGCAAAUUAUACAAAUAAAUGCAAAGAUGUUUAGAAAGUGUUUUUUUUUUUUUUUUUGCAUACAUUUUAUUGUGCAGUCUGAAAACAGUAUGCCAUUUAUAGAAUUUCAAAGCAUUUUGAAAACUUUGUUUUUCUUUUUGAUGCCUGGUUUGUCUUGGUGGUUUGUGGUUGUUUUUGUGGAAUCUGAACAAGAUAGGUUGUGUUUAUUGUAAAUACUACAUGUACUAUUUUCUCAUAUUUAUACGCAUGACCUGUACAUAUUAUAAGACACAAAAACAAAAAAGUCUAUGAUGUAGACUAUUUGUUGAUUUCUGAGAUUGAAACAAUAUAAAUAAUAAGUUAUGAUAUUUACAAUAUAAUAAUACAAUGUAGUUCCUUUGCCUUAACCCUAAUGUUUUCUUAGAAUUGUGAUAUGAUAAAAUUCUCUGUUCAUGGGAAAUGUUCUGAAUUCUUGUGAAUUGCAAUGAGAGUGUAAAAAUGUUUUUAUUUUAUUUUCAAAAUUAACUCUUGUUUUAGUGAUUGAAUUAGACAGUGAUUGAAAUGAUAGCAGUGUAAAUGUAUUUGUAUUGUACGUGUUUUAAAGGGAGGUUUUAGUACAGAACUGCAUGUUUUUAAUGUUGUGUUGCUUUUCUGAAUCACGAUUAUUUAGAUGCUUAUCUCUAGCUAAUGCAAAAAAAAAUAGAAUACUCUUAAUAAAAUAUUAAUAUAAUUUUUAUCAAUAGUUAUUUUUUCUUUUUUUAUUCAAACAGGGCAGAAACUUAUACUUUUUGGAUUUUCUCUGGUUUGGGUAAAUGCACCUGUGUUUUAAAGUAUUUAGCUUUUUUCACAUACAUUUUUGGUACAAAAACAUGGUCUUGUUUCAUGAAUACAGUGUAUAAUUUUUUUGUAACCAAAAACCUGGAGAGAAAGGAAGUGGAAUGUUAUAAUGUGCCCUAUAGGCGAGGCACAUACUGUAACAUGUGAGGGGUGCAUUGUAACAUGACCAUUCAUCACCUGAUCUAUUGAAAAUACAUAAGCUAAACUAAAGUAUUACAACGUGCAACAGGGCAACUGGGAUGUAAACCUGGCUAUUCAAUUCUGCUGGCUAGCUAAGGAUUAUAAGACUAUGCAAGAUGUUACAGUAUCCAACAUAUUGGAGAUUAAAACUAUACAAACACAGUAAAAAAUGUCUGUAAUUUUAACAGUAAAAUACUGUAAAAAAUGCUACAGAAAUAAAAUGUUAAUUGAUUAACAAAUAUUUACUGUAAAAUAUACAGUAAAAUGUUUUAAUAUAUUUUAAAAGACAAUACAGUAGUUUUUACAAAAAAAAAAAUAAUUUGAAGUAAAAAUAAGAUUUUCCUGUAUAAUUAAUGGUAAAAAUGUACAUUGUUUAACAAGAGAGUACAUGUACUUUUUACAGUAAAUUAUUGUUAAAAUUACAGUAAAAAAAAAACAGUAAUUGGGCAUUCCCAGAAUUCCCUGUGUGACCCAUUAUAUUUCAUUAUAUUUUAUGGGAAUAGUUAUGUUUCAUCAUAUUUUUUAUAUCAGUUACGUACACUGGGGCGUUCUGUGUUGUAUUUGAUGUAAUUUAGUUAAUGUUUACUGCAUUAUUUAAAUCUCACAUGUUUAUUGUUUGUGUGAGUGACACUGAGCGCUGUCUCUACAUGUUUAUUUCUCAUUGUUUGUGGAAGAGCCACUAUUGAUGAACAUCAUGUCAUCAUGUGCCCUUCUGUAGUUACUACAAUGAUCAACAAAUACCUUAUAAAAUAAACAACAGAUUUUUACAGUUUCAGAAGGUAAAUAUAUCAAGCUUAUGAUUUUUUUAUUACUGUAAAUUUUAUAUUAUUAUUAUUUUAUUUUAUUUUUUUACAGUGCCAGCAUGUAAUUUACAACAAUUUUAAACUGUAAAAUGUACAGGUUGUUCUGUAAAGUGGUUUACAUUUUAACUGUAUUUUUGACCUAAUUAUACUGGCAACCACAGCUGCCAGUUUUCUUUGUAGGUUUUUUUUUUUUUUGUAAAAACAACAGUAUCUUUUUUACAGUGAAGUUUGCACUAAAA